UCGAACUGCACCGUCCACCUGGAUCCGGGACGCGGCGGCCGGGGCGAGGAGGGCAGAGGGACGCGGCGAUGGCUCCGUGGGGACUCCCGGGGUCCGCUGUGCUUGCUGCUUCAGUGUUCGUAAGAGGCGCCGUGAGUUCCCCGCUGGUGGCCCCGGACAACACUGGUAGCCGCACGUUACACUCCCGAGCAGAGACAACUCCGUCAUCACCCACCAACAACGCUGGGAAUGGACACCCGGAAUACAUCGCGUAUGUGCUUGUCCCUGUCUUCUUCGUCAUGGGUCUCCUUGGUGUCCUCAUCUGCCACUUACUUAAGAAGAAAGGCUAUCGGUGUACAACAGAGGCCGAACAGGAAGUUGAAGAGGAAAAGGUGGAAAAGAUAGAGUUGAAUGACAGUAUAAAUGAGAACAGCGACACCGUCGGGCAGAUUGUCCACUACAUUAUGAAAAAUGAAGCGAAUGCAGAUAUUUUGAAAGCCAUGGUAUCUGAUAACAGCGUGGGCGAAGUUGAAAGCCCUGUCACUCCUAGCACGCCAGGAAGCCCACCUGUGAGUCCUGGGCCCCUGUCACCAGGGGCCACCCCAGGGAAGCAUGUCUGCGGUCACCAUCUGCACACAGUGGGAGGUGUCGUUGAACGGGAUGUGUGCCAGCGCUGCAGGCACAAGCGAUGGCACUUCAUAAAACCUACCAACAAGACGAGAGAGGGCCGGCCACGGCGUCAAGGCGAGGUCACGGUCCUCUCUGUGGGCAGGUAA